AUGUCAAGAAGCAAAGAAUUUCUCCGCUUGAAAAGGACGUUUGGAAGGGAAGGGUUCGACGAGUCAAGUUAUUCCGUAAAGGUCGACAGCUUGCCAAAUAACUACGACAGCCACCAGCUUGGUAUUGUGCAAGGAAGCAUGAUAUUCAGCAGAGAUGAAAUCCAGGGUCUCUUUGAUGAUCAAAUCAAUGGAAUACUCAGUUGCAUCCAGGAGCAGCUGCGAAAUCUGACUGAGAUGUCGUCUGAUCAAGUCGAAUUUGUCACACUCUCUGGCGGACUUGGAUCUUCAGAUUAUGUGUUGUUCAAACUACAAAAAUACUUUGACAAUCACUUUACGGGUGGGAAAACAAUCAAGGUCAUGCGGUGCGAAGAUCCACGCCCGCAGCUCGCAGUUGUACAUGGGCUUUUGCUGGACAAUGGAGGCGGCUUAAAUCAAGCCCCAGUGCUACAGAGCCGUAAAGCACGCGCAAAUUUUGGACUGGCCGUCAAGAAAGAGAGCAGCAGGCUGAAGAUCCAGAGAGACAAUUCUGACCCUAAACAAUCGACGGCUUAUGGAGUCCUGUGGCUCAUCAAGAAGGGUGACGAUGUCAGCACGACUGACUUGAAGACGCAUCCGCUUAGAGCUCAAUUUCCACCAAACGAGGAGAUUGGAUCGAUCAAGGCCACAAUUAUGACUUCUGAACUAAAAUGGCCAGCCAGUGGGAUCAAUGAAGCGUCCAGUCACAUAAAAGCCCUGACCGAUUUUGAAGUUCUCUUGGGCGAGGUGGAGCAUUCAAUGGUGAAGCCCAAGUACAAGAGACGAUUCUGGUUCUUCAAAAAGCACAUCUGCAACCGUGUUCAAUUCGAAUUACGCGUUACCGCCACUUCAGCUGGAGGGUUCAGAUUUGAGGCGUGGAUUGACGGAAAGAAGUACUCGGUCAACCACAGUCCAUACUGCGGCGCCGAGUGUCAAAAGGCUCACUGGCACAUUCACAAGCGCGAUUGCACCUCACUCCUGGGCAAGCAGACGUGGCAGCCCGCAUGGGUUGCAGAGAAUCGCAUGCCAGCUUUUGUGGAUGACGAGACUCUCAAGGGGCCGUCAGAACAGGUCUCGUUCGGAAGAGGAAAGUAUUUCUGGGGCAACGUUCCAGCAUACGACGUCUUGAAGCUCGGGAAGAACGAGGGCGUUGCCUAUGACGGAAUCUUAUCUCUCUUGUUUGCCGCCUCCGGCGACCUUCGGAACGUCGUCAAAACCAUCGCGCAGCUUCCCGACAGCUAUAAGCAGUCCGUUCAGGUGACGAUGAACGAUCGAGACUUCGAUGUUGUGGCCCGUAACGCCAUAAUGCUUCUCAUUGCCCUUGUGGUCAGCGAUACCGAUCAGGCAGCUGACUGCAUCAUUCACGUCUGGUACUCUGCUCUGAUUCGCGAGUCCGACCUCGAGAUUCUCAAGCGUCAGAUUCAGCCUCUCAUCAAGGACGUUUGUGAGAAGGUCAAGGGCAAGCCAUCGGACAGUCUGCAGGCGAAGACUUGGAAAUACGGCGAUCGCACAGUCCGCCUGGUCUUGCAGAAGUUCAUGUGGAACGACCUGUUGGCUUUCCUCGACGUUCCUCCUGGUUUCGGCGUCGAUAAGGCAAGCAAGGUUCGCAGGGCUAUCACUCUUGGCGAGAGCAGAAAGGACUUCCGGGAUCGCCAUCUCAUAUUCCAGACCCCGUCUCAUCGAGUGGCUUUGACUCGGUUCCGUGAAGAUGGACUUCUGCUACCCUUUGGGGCCCGGCGUGCUGAAUUCCGGCAUCCCAACCCUACGCUGCACAGAAACGUCCAGGAGUGGCCUAUGUUUGACAGCGCCGAGCCCUUGGCGGGAUGGGCUGCGGAUGACGUACAAGGCGCUCAGAAUGGCCCGGCGAAGAACGACAUAUACGGAAAGCUCUUUUGUCACCUCCGGUCGGUCCUUGCAGAUUUCAUGUCCCGGCCCAAAGUCUCUUUCCAGUUGUUCAACAUGGAUGCUGCGGCACUCGCUGACGAAGGAUAUCUCGGUAUCCAUCGAACGCUCGAUGCCAUGGUGCCUCUUCUCGACCCGCCCGCUGUCAACCCCCACGCCACUCUCAUCACACUUUUCAUGAACGUGGUAGACGAGAACCUCACAUUGGAGGAGAAGAAAGCCGACGCGAAGAAUAGUCAAACGAGAACCCGUCUGUUCAAGUACCUCGGCUUCCCAUCCACCCCGCCUAGGCCAAAUGACCCUAUCAUCAUGAAGAUCAAUGUUGCCCUGAAUUGUGUUGUUGCCCAUGACGAGACGUUUGACCGCCAUGCGAGAAAGUUCAUGUUCUCCGAGGCAGGGCAGGCCGUGGGAGCUGUGAUGAAGAAGGGUCAUACUGUGAUCGAGAAGUGGCCCUUCAGGCUCAAGCUUCAGCCUGGACAGCCGGGUGCCCAGAAAGAGUUCGAUCAGCUCCUGAGUGGAGGGCUCUCGACCAAGGAGUGCUACCUGGAGUGGAAGAGACAGUAG